UCCAGACUAGUGGCAUAAGUGCUUCUGGGAUGGAGGAAUUGAUGAGAAGGGCCAUGGAGACUUUUACCUACAAGUCCAUGUGUUUCCCUGAGGUCAUAAAUGCUCGAGGAAUGGAAAACACUCCCAAGUACUACUAUAGAGAUGAUGGCAUGAUGAUCUGGGAGGCCAUAUACAGUUUUGUUGACAAGGUGAUCGAGAUCUACUAUGACAGCGAUGAGACAGUUCAAAAAGAUGUGGAGAUUCAAAAAUUUGUUAAGAACGUUAACUAUGGCAUGCAGGAAGCCAUCUUUGGCAAGAAGGACUCCGAGGGUAAAAAGUUUCCACAGUCUCUGAAAACUCGUGAGGAGCUAGCCAAGUACCUCACUGCAGUAAUAUUCACAGCUUCAGCACAGCAUGCCGCAGUCAACUUUGGACAGUUUGAGUGGUAUGGCUGCAUUCCCAACAGUCCUUCCAUCAUGCGCAACCCGCCUCCCCAAGAGAAGGGCACAGUGGAUCUGAAACAUGUCAUGAAUACUUUGCCUGACCGUGAUUGUUCCAGAGCGGUUCUAGGGACAGUUUGGGCCCUCAGUCGGUUCCAGGACAAAGAGCGGUAUUUAGGCAUGUAUCCAGAUAAGCACUUCACCGAGCAACCAGUGAAGGAAGCCAUUAUGACUUUCCGCAACAAACUAGAUGAGCUGACCGACACCAUCAAGCGCCGGAACGAAGGAUUAAAAAUGAGUUAUUGUUACUUGUCCCCAGACCAAAUCCCCAACAGUGUUGCAAUUUAAGAAAAUGUUUUCA